AUGAAAUCGAUUGCUAACAACUCCUUCACACUCUAUCCGCAUAGUUCUUUCCUUAGCUCUAAGAACAGUAAGAAAAGAUUUUUAGAGAGAUAUUCGCCUUCAGAGAUGGUCAAACGUCCUAUUUUUAAAUAAGACCUUCAAAUUUUUACGAGAUAAUUCUAUUCCCAUUAAAGGGUUCAGAAUAAGAGACUCUAAGGAGGAAUUUAACAUUUCAAGUAUAUUUGACCCAUUCCAGAUGGAGAAAUCAUGGAAAAAUAUGCGUCUUUCCUCACAAAAAAUCAGAGACUUGCAUUCAAAAGCUAAUCUGUGCAUAUAACUCCACAGAACAAAUGAAUCAGAGCUUUAAGAACUCCCAUACAUAGGCCUAGUUUUAAGGAAACUUUUAGCCAGAAAUGUGAUCAAUUCCAGAAGACCCAAGUUUUGAAAUUUAAUUUUGAUCAAGAAAUACCGACUAAAAGCCCAAAGAAGAUUAAAUUGAAAAAAUUUAAAGUCAACCUGAAAUGUAAGGUAGCUACCAUUAGCCGAAAAGAGAAUUCGAUAAAAAGUCGUAGGUACAGAUGCCCACAAAUUUUCAAGAAGAAGUUAUCAAUCAAGCGUAACAGCUCACAGAGCUCCAAGCAUAAUAACCACAGUCUGAUGGAUUCGAGCAUUGGCUCCUUAAGGAUAGACAGUCAGUGUCAGAUCAAGAAAUGAAGCAUUCCUAAUAAAACUUUGUAUAAGGAAUCCAAGCUAGCAAUCAAAAACAGAACUCUGAAUAUGGACCUCAGAGAUAUCUGAAUGAACAAUAGAAAUGGAUAUUAAAAUGAGGAUGAAGAAUUUACCGAUGCUAGAUAGCUAUUUCCACAUAAGUUUUAUUUCUUUAGGAACAAAUUUGAA